AUGCCCUCACCUUCAGCAACCAAUUUCAACCGCGACAAAGAAAUCCCUCAGCUCACCAACUUCUGCACGAGCCUCAACAGCAAGUACUUCCUCCUCGGCGAACCGACCACCGAAGAGACCCCCACGAGCAUUCUCGACGCAGCCGCCGGCGUCUCCGUCACGGCUUUCUCGUCUUCCUCAGACUAUAAGGGACGAGCGAUCGGUUCCGACGCUGUGAGUAUUGAGGAAUGCGUGGGGAACUUUUUGCCUGUGAUCCACCCCUCCAAGAGCAACAUUGACCGCAUCGACCGUAGAGCUUCCACUGACGGGAUGAACAACGGUUAUCUCCAGAACACGUCCAACCUGCUGCACCGGAUCAUCGGAAACCACCUGGAGAGGCAAACAUUCACGACUUGCGCAACAUGGUCCACAAGCGUGCCCUCGGUCUGA